AUGAAAGUGCAGGACAUGGACAAAUGUGCUCCGAGUAGCGACUGGAACGUGCUUUAUUGGGUGCUGGGCACGAUCCUGAUGCCGAUGGCCCUUCCACUGGCCAUCAUCAACAUUUGGCAGCGAUUCCAGGCCCAGAAAUACCGUAAUCAAUUGCCCGGCAAGGUUGUGGUCAUCACGGGCGCCAGUUCGGGUCUGGGCGAAUCUCUGGCCCACGUCUUCUACCGUGCUGGAUGCAGGGUCAUUUUGGCGGCACGUCGCACUCAGGAAUUGGAGCGGGUUAAAAAGGACCUCCUCGCACUGGAUGUGGAUCCCGCUUAUCCGCCGACAGUGCUUUCCUUGGAUCUGGCUGAACUGAAUUCCAUUCCAGAAUUUGUCACCCGGGUGCUGGCCGUGUACAACCAGGUGGACAUACUCAUCAACAACGGAGGGAUCAGUGUGCGAGCAGAUGUGGCAUCCACGGCAGUGGAUGUGGAUCUCAAGGUGAUGGUGGUUAACUACUUUGGCAGCGUGGCCCUGACCAAAGCUCUGCUUCCUUCGAUGGUGAAACGUGGUAGUGGUCACAUCUGCUUUAUUAGCUCUGUUCAAGGAAAGUUCGCCAUUCCCCAAAGGGCUGCCUAUUCCGCCUCGAAACAUGCCGUGCAGGCCUUUGCCGAUUCCCUGCGUGCCGAGGUGGCAAAUAAGAACAUUAACGUGUCCUGCGUGAGUCCUGGCUACAUACGCACCCAGCUCUCAUUAAAUGCUUUGACAGGAUCGGGGAGUAGCUAUGGCAAAAUGGAUGAAACCACGGCCAAGGGCAUGUCACCGGAUAAGCUCGCAGAACGCAUUCUGCAGUGCAUUCUUCGCAAAGAACGGGACAUUAUUGUCAGCGAUGUCCAGGCCAAGAUCGCCUACUAUCUCCGUCAUCUUUGCCCGAGUCUCUACUUCUGGAUCAUGGCCAAGCGCGCCGUCAAACUGGAGAAAGCUGAGAAGAAGUCCACUUGAGCUUAGAGCAUGUUAAGUCAAACGUCCUUAAGUAUUGGUUUCAUUUUUAUUGUUAAUUGAAUUUCGCUUAAAAUGAGGAAAUUAUAAAGUAUCGCAUAUGUGUGUGUUCAGGUUAAAAAUUA